AUGGGCGACACGACACAACCCCCACCUCCUCCGCGCGAGGGGCACGCCAUCCGCGAGUGCCGCGAGUACAAGGUCAUCUUUAUCGGGGCGGGCCUGCUCGGCAUCCACUUCGCCGCCCGCAUCCAGCAGUACGGGCUUGGCAUCAAGCCGGUGGUGUACGAGCGCAACCCGGACGUCGGGGGCACCUGGUACAACAACACAUAUCCCGGCGUGGCGUGCGAUGUGCCUUCGCACGGGUACACUUUGUCCUGGGCGCCGUGGAGCGGGUGGUCGCGCUUCCAGGCGCCCGGGGCCGACUGCCAGCGGUAUGCCGAGUUCGCUGCGUCCAAGACCAACAUCCGCGACAUCACACGCUUCAACACGCGCGUGCUGAGCGCCACGUGGAACGAGGCCAAAGCCGAGUGGGAGCUCGAGCUCGAGGACGUGAACACCGGCGAGAAGUUCAAGGACUCGGCGCCCGUGCUCAUCAACGGCUCGGGGCUGCUCUCGCAGCCGAGCACGCCAAAGCUCAAGGGCAUGGAGAGCUUCAAGGGCCGCCAGUUCCACUCGGCGACGUGGAACAAGACCCCGACAAGCGAGUUCAAGGGGCAGCGCGUGGCGCUCGUCGGCGCCGGCUCGUCGUCGCUCCAGAUCCUGCCCGAGAUCCAGAAGGAGGCGGCCCAUGUCGACCAGUACAUCCGCUCCGAGACGUGGGUCGUGACGCCGUUCGGCGCCGACGCGCGCGCCGAGCAGUGGGGGCUCGACUUUAUGCAGGCGCUCACGAGCGACGACCCGCGCUUCGCCAACCCGCACUACACGGACGAGCAUAAGGAAACGUUCCGCACCAGCCCCGACGAGGUGCAGAAGCACCGCAAGGCGAUUCUCAACACGACCAACAAGAUGUUCACGGACGGAAUCACGGAGAUCGUGUCCCCGCACCGCGAGGCGGCCGAGGCGCUGUACGUCCAGAUGACGACGGAGAAGCUCGCCAAGAAGCCCGAGCUGCUUCCACUCUUCCUGCCCAAGUGGUCGAUCGGGUGCCGCCGACUCACCCCCGCCGUGGGCUACUUUCAGGCCAUCACGGCCGACAAUGUCGACGUCGUGCGCUCCAGCGUGACCGAGGUGACGCCCACGGGGCUCAUCGACGCGGACGGCAAGCUGCGCGAGUACGACGCGAUCAUCUGGGCGACGGGGUUCGACACAACAUUCUACCCGUCCUUCAGCGUCAAGGGGCGCAACGGCACCCCCUUGUUCAAGGAGGAGGCGCGCGCAUACCUCACCGCACACGCCGAGGACAUGCCCAACUACUUCACGGUUGCUGGGCCGGGGCUCAUGUCGUUCAACGGCGACUUCCUCGGCGGGCUCGAGCGGAUCCUCGACCACAUUCUGAGGUUCGUCUUCAAGCUCCAGCGCGAACGGUACCAGUCGGUGUGCGUGCACAGCGACGCCGUGAUCGACUUCACCGCCUACCUCGACGAGUACCUCAAGCGCACUGUGCACACGCAGCCCUGCUCGAGCUGGUACAAGAACGGCUCGAAGGACGGCAAGGUGCGCGCCAUCUGGUGCGGCACGUCGCUCCACCUCUUCGAUGCGCUCCUCCAGCCCUGCUGGGAGGAGUUCGAGUGGACGCGAUACCCCGACGAGCGGCAGGGCAAGGAGCGCUUCAACUGGAUCGGCAACGGCCGCACCCACGCCGAGCUGCAUGGCGGCGACUGGUCAUGGUAUGUGCCGAAGGUGGACGCGGACAACAUUGUCAUCCCGACGGCGACCGACCAGACGCCCCUGCACGAGCUAUACAACUUCUAG